ACACAUUCGCAUUCUGUUUAGCUGUGCAAUUAAGAUUAUUUCAACAUUUGUGAAGGAAAUUAGACCAUUUACAAAGGGAAUUAUUAACAAACAGCUGGUGAUACAUGUUUGUUUGUAAAACAUGUCAGUUUGCAGUGCCGAUCCCUGGCAAGUGAAAAACGAUAAUAUUCAACAAAAAGAGAACGGAAAUAUUGAAGUAAUUGAAAAAUUUGAGGAUAAUUUCAACCCCCAUAAAACUGGAACUGCAUCAUCUGAAGAAAUCGACGACAAGAAAACCGCAGCUAGUGAUGUUAGUAAUGUUACUGGCGUCACACAAAUCGAACCUUUGCCCGACUCGGCAAACUACCUGCAGUUGCUAGAACGCAAAUUGCAAAGGGUUCAAAAGGGUAGCAAACUUUUGGAUUCGCUGCAGGAGAAGAAACAGGAUUGUAUGCGUAAUCUGUUGGCUGCAUCAGCGGACACAACACUUGAGCAGCUGCUUGAACUCGAUACGCCCAUCGAAAGUGGUCGCUUGCAUCGCCAUUUGCUGCCCGUGCAGGCGGUGACGGUGGGUGAAACACUGCACAUUGUCAAACACGACGCUCUCGAAGAGCAGAUCGAGCAAGAGCAGCAGCUGGAAUUGGAGUUGGAGCAAGUGAAGCAGGAAGGGGAAAGUAACUAA